AGAAAAGUUCCUACCGGAAGUAACAGCUGUGUUGCGAUUUCCGCUUUUGUCACUUUCACCUGUAAAGUAUAAAUUACAAAUAAACGUGGUUGUGUUUCAGUUACAACAUUUAUUCAUAUUUUUUGUUUAAAAAAACUUUGAUAUGAAACUCCUAAAGUAAACAGCCCCCCCCCUAAGAGGGAUGGGGAGGGGGGCGUUUAUCGAGGUAACAACUUUAUUUUGAAAACUAAAUUGAACAGGAUGUCAUUUUUAUAGACCUAAUAAUUAACAGUUUGAGACAUAAGCAAAUAUAAAAAGGCGAAUGUUGUUAUUAUUUUUGUUGCUUUUAAAUGUUUUGUCUAAAAUAAUAAAGCGUUUUUAAAACCUUGAUUUCUAUUUCUAAUGUUUGUGUUGACGCUGUUUCCGGUGGGCGGGGCCAUGCCAGCGGGACUCUAACGGUUUCUCUCAAUGAAUGAACGAUGUGAACAGCGACACUUAAAUAUAUUAAAUAUUAAAUAUCAAAUGUCUCUAACACGUUUGGAUCGGAACCGGUGCUAGGCUAGGUAGCUAGCUAGUUAGCUCCCGUUCAGGAACAGCUGAUCGAAACCCUCAUGUCACUCCUCCUCCUCCUCCUCCUCCUCUGAGGAGGUGCUGUCAACAGACUCCUCCGUGUCAGUGAGCCUCCAUCAUGCCUCUCUGGUUCCUGGAGCGGUUCCCCUGGCCCAGUCUGCAGACCUACACGGCGCUGAGUGCUGCCUUGCUCACCGGCACCGUCCUCUCCGUCUGCUCCUCCGGCUCCCGCCCUCAGUCCAGCCCGGAGGAGGAGAGCAGCCCCCCGGGGCUCAGCUCCAGGGACAGCCGCGUCCUCAGGGGCGGGGGACAGGAGCUGGACUCGGGCUUUGGAGACAUGGCUGCAGAUGUGCUGAUGUUCCUGCGGACAGACAGUGUCCUGGUCUGGGUGGUGCUGAACUCUGCCUGCUGUGUCCUGCUGCUCGUUGCCAGGCUCGUCCAGUGGGUGGUGUUCGGGCCCCUGCGUGUCAGUGAGAAACAGCAACUGAAGGACAAGUUCUGGAACUUCAUCUUUUACAAGUUCAUCUUCGUGUUCGGCGUCCUGAACGUCCAGACGGUGGACGAGGUGGUGAUGUGGUGGCUCUGGUUCUCGGUCCUGGUCUUCCUCCAUCUCCUGGUGCAGCUCUGCAGGGACCGAUUUGAAUAUCUGUCCUUCUCUCCAGCCACCCCCCUGUCCAGUCAUGCUCGGGUGCUGCUGCUGCUCGUCCUGCUCAUGUUGAGCUGCGGGGCUCUGGCCUCGCUGUGCGCUCGGGGCCGACACGCCGCUGGCUUCAUGGCAGCGGAGUGCAUGUUGGUGACUGUCAGGACGGCACACGUCAUGUUUCGCUACUCAAUCCACCUGUGGGACGUGAACCAGGAGGGCGGCUGGGAGAACAAGUCCUCCUACGUGUACUACACCGACCUGCUGAUGGAGCUGCUCUUACUGGGCCUCGACCUGCUGCAUCACAUCCACAUGCUGAUCUUCAGUAACAUCUGGUUGUCUAUGGCGAGUCUGGUCAUCUUCAUGCAGCUCCGCUCCCUCGUUCAGGAGGUUCAGAAGAGAAUCCGCCGCCACCACAACUACCUGCGGGUGCUGCGCAACAUGGAGACCAGGUUUCCUGUGGCGUCUGCAGACGAAGUGGCGGCCGGUAACGACGACUGCGCCAUCUGCUGGGACGUAAUGAGUUCAGCUCGGAAAUUGCCCUGCGGCCACCUCUUCCACAGCUCAUGUCUGCGCUCGUGGCUGGAGCAGGACACAUCGUGUCCAACAUGUCGGAUGUCCCUGGACAUUGGCGAAGGAGGUGAAGUUCCUGUGGAGACCAGAGAGGCCGUCCCAGACAACAUGGCUGCUGGAGCCGGAGGCGACACUCGGCCGCACCUCAACCAGCUCAACCACUUCUUUCACUUUGACGGGUCUCGUAUCGCCAGCUGGCUGCCCAGUUUCUCUGUGGAGGUCAUGGCCACAACCAACUUUCUGGGCAUCGCACCGACCACCCCGUCUCAGAUCAACGCCAUGGGUCAGCAGAUCCAGGAGAUGUUCCCUCAUGUUCCCGUCCAGCUCAUCCUGCACGACCUGGAGAUCACUGGAUCACUGGAGGUCACCACGGACAAUAUCCUGGAGGGACGAGUCCAGGCCGCCGCCCUGCCGCUGGUUAUGGAGCACCCGCUCAUACAGGUGACUCCUCCCCCUGAAGACGACGGCGGAGGCAGCGGCGAGUCGGAGCAGGACGACGAGAGUGAGAGCCUGGAGGACGAGGAAGAAGAGGGUGAGGCUGCAGAGAGAGAGGAGGACGUGGAGGAUGAGGAGAAGAAGGAGUUACGGUUUUGUCCGUCGGCCGAGGAGCGACAGCAGCUGCUGCUGCAGAGGAAGGAGGAGCUGCUGCAGCGAGCACGAAGGAAAUAUUCUGUACAUCAGUCAAACGACUUUGUGACCAGGAACAUCGGGUCCAACACAGGAAACACAGGCUCCUCGAGCUCCGACCCUGUGAACCUGCAACAGGCAGCAGCAACGUGUGACUUCAGCCAAUGAGCAGAGCGGUUUCCUACCAGAGGUGAUAAGAGAUGCUGCCCCUGCUGGUCUGGGAGGGUCACAUGUCUGUGUGUGGCCACAGAUGACCUCCGCUAAAGCUAAUGCUAAACAAUGUGUUGACUUUUCUAAAUGACGUGCUAUCCAGUAAAAAGACAGAUUUAGUGAGGAGACAGGAAGUGGUCAGGAAGUAGACAGGAAGUGGUCAGGAUCACGAUGGUGAUUGGCUGAUCAGGUUACAUCAGCUUUACAGUAAUCACACAUUUACACAUGUUUCCAUCACAGUGUUCUCAGAGCUGCAGUAUCUCAUGAUUUCAUUUUGUUCAUAUAUUUAUGAAUCAGAGAGUCUGGAUAUUGUUUUCUAUUUGUUUAAAUAAGUUCGUUCUAACCUUCCUCUAGUUCAUUAGAACGUCUGCUGACAGGUUCCACAGUCUGUUGGAGUUCCUCAGCUCCCUGAACACCGUUCACCCAGAGCGGCUGUGUGAUGUUCACUGAUUGGUAUUUAUAUAAGAAAAGAGAACUGAUAAAACUGCAAAUAAGUUAUUUAUCAUCAAAUAUUUUUUACUAAAUCAUUUUAUUUGUAUAUGUAAAAUGUCGAUCUUUCGUAAAUAAAUGAAAAUGUUGUCAAACA